AUGUCCAGGAUUAAGGCGUGCGAUGAGGAUUUGUCAUCUCUGGUGGACAACGUUCGCCAACGUCUCAAUAUUCUUGAGCGCUUGGGAAGAGCGCCUAGCGAAGAUUUAGUUGUUAGGAUAAUAGAGAGGUGUCUACCUCCUGCAGUUUCUAGUAGAUGGCAAGAUAGACUAGAACCCAAUGCUUUCCCUAAGUUGGACGAUCUUCUCAAGUUUAUUGACAAUACAGUGUUCAAACUGCAAUCUCUGCAUGGCACUUCUUCGACUGCUCCCAAUAGCAGAAAACGUUCUGGGGAAGCCGUUCCUCAAUCGCAUUCUAAGAACCCGAAACAGAACGCUCGUUCUCUGGUCACUUCUGGAGUGUCUUCAACUUCUCAAGCUUCUCAAAUCACUUGUCCAAAAUGCAAGGGCGAACACAAUUUAUUCAGAUGUGUUGAUUUUGAGAAGCUGUCCGUUUCAGAACGAUGGAAAUUCGUAAACAGCAAUAAGGUGUGCCGCAAUUGUCUCGGAAAACAUCCUUUUCCAUGCAAGAGUGAACACCGUUGCAAGAAGUGUUCGAAGGCUCAUCACACAAAACUCCACAAUGAUAAGGGUUCUGGAUCGCAGUCGUCGAAGGCGCCAGAGGCGUCAAAGACUUCUGAAUCUUCAACUAAAGAGGUUCCUAAUUCUUCGAAUCCUCAAUCAUGA